GGAAAAAGCAUUAAAUUAGCAACCUUACGAAGCUAGAAACACAUUAACUUUUCCCAAAGUGCAUUAAUUCAUUUGACAGAAGAUAUUUAAGUAUGGUAAUUUGAAAAAUAGUUAAUUUUAAAGUGCGAGUGCGCAACACCGCCCGUAGGAACCGCUGCGUCGACAAAAACGAGCGACCCUCACCAACUGCCAUCCGCCGAAGAAAUUAGCCGUACACAGUAUCGUCCACCUCCCACCAUUGAUCAAUAAGAUACACUGACUGCAGUUUAUAUACAUCCACCCUCAAAGUGAGUAACAAACAGCACACACAGGCGUGUACAAGUAAAUAUACAUUUAUUUAUCUUUGAAUAAGAAGCUGAAGUCGGUGCAGGAUGGAGAGCUGCAGCUUCCACAGCCAGCUGCUGUCCGUCAUGGAGGUCCUGGCCAAGGCAGCUGUGGCGGAGAUAAACCGGCGUGUGGAUGAGAGCUGCGCGGUGCUCCGGCUGGAAGUGAGCCAGAGCCGGCGGGACAUCGACCUGCUGAGGCGGAAGUGUGAGGUGAUGGAGGCAGAGCUGAGGAGGACCAGGAUGAGAGCCCGGAGGAAAGCGUUUUAUCCUCCAGCUGCCGAGAGAUUUUCUCCUUUAGUCAAAGUGGUGUUGGACAAAGAGAGGCAGAGCACAGACUGGGACAGACAGAUGGAUGCUGAGGCUCCAGAUCAACCCCAGCAGCGUGCGACUGAAGCUGAACACAUGCUGAUCAAAGAGGAGUGUGCGGAGGAGGACAUGUGGAAGAAUGAGUCUGAGGACAAACUGACCUCCGAAGCCGAGCAGCUGCCAUGUUUGGAAGCCUCACAACCGGCCCGGACCGACGGCUUCGUGGAGCGUCUCCACCACGCUGACAUCCCAGCCGACCCUGGAUCUCUGGAUUCCCCAGCAGACGGCUGCAACACUUUCCCAGAGCAGCUGAAAGGAAACCAGAAUGAGGCCGAGCUCGUGGUGAAACACGAGAGAGAGGACGAGCCGGAUGAGAACGCAGCUCCUCUUGAUUCAGCCCACAGCUUUGUGACGGACGAAGGUGACCGACAGCUGUGGUCGUCCAGCCUGUGCUUCUCGUACGCUGGGCAACAGUUGGAGACAAUUCCCUCCGUGUUCCCACCUCAGAGUGGAUUACAUUUGGAAGACGGGAUGCCCCAAACUCACUCAGUGGGGAAAUCACAUUCAGUCGCAGUGAGCUCAGCACGGGUGAAAAGACGAGCCAGAACGUUUGGAUGUAAGAGACCACAACCAGAUGAAGGACACAACGCUUUGUCUCAGAUUAACUCCACGGAUCAGUGCUCGACUCCCCAGCAACCACAGCAUCAGUACAGAGACUCUGCGCCUCACACGAGGAACCCAAACGAGGACCCGACGCCGCCAAACACAGCAGCCGCUUCCCUCUGCGGGCACAGCCGCGGCGGCUUUUGCCUGCCAAGGAGGAUGAGGACGCCCUGGAGGUCCGGCGUGGGCGAGAAGAGGUUCAGCUGCACGUACUGCGACAAAAGCUGCACGAGGUUCAGUCAACUCAAAGAGCACCUGAGGAGUCACACGGGGGAGAAACCCUUCAGCUGCCUGCAGUGCGGCAGGAGCUUCACCAAACAGUGCAACCUCAUCAGACACGCGGUGGUCCACAGCGGCGAGAAGCCCUACGAGUGCUCGCUGUGUGGGAAGUGCUUCACCCAGCGCUCCAGCCUGAAGUCCCAUCAGAAAACAGCACACUGAGUUUACAGCGUUUUUAUUAGAUACAUGUGAUGCUGUGAUUCGCAACUUCAAGAAACAUGCCCUGCUUUUUAAAAACUUUGACUGGAGGUUAAAUUCUCUGUUUUUUUAUUUUAUAAUUCUGUGUUUAAAACAUUAAAUGUAUAAUAUUAUAUUGAUAUAAUUGAUAUAAUAUUGUUAUUAUAGCAAUAUCAGCAUAAUAUGUUAUAUUAUUUGGAGUUGUAAAACCAAAGCUUAGCUUAAAGGGCCAUACAAGUGUGGUUGCAAGUUUAAAUACAAUUCAUAUGUACCUCAAAUUUUUUGCUUGUUUUUCCCCCCACUCUAGGCAGCCAUUAUUUUCCAUUCUUUUCCGUACUGCAUGAAACAGUCAGUGGACUCUUGAACCUUAACUGUGGGUCAUAAUCCGUCACACUGAACACAACGUUAACACAGUAAAUGUUUUGCUCUAAAUCUGAUCUGUGGGAAACGGGCUUACAUGUGCAAAACCACUGGUGUGAUCCUUUCAUUGUGCACCGGCCUGUUUUGGAAGGUUUAUCUGACGGCUCAUGAGUUGAGUUAAAUAAACAACAUGUCAUGUUGUCACUUUCUUUUGUAAGAGAACUUGUUUACAUGUUGUGUGGUCGUGAGCUACAAUGGUGCACAUUGUUAAACUCCACACAGAGAGAAG